AUGGCAGACGAGAUUGACCGACUGGCUGAUGCCGCGGAUGCCAACGCCCAGGAACACGAGCUCACAUUUUGGGAAGCUCUGCGGCUGUAUCCCAAGGGUGUACUCUGGAGCAUUGUCAUGUCCACGGGAGUAGUCAUGGAAGGCUAUGAUGCCAAGCUCGUCGGCACGCUUUACGCCCAGCCGGCGUUUCAAAAGGCGUUUGGGACCCAUGUCAAGGGCAACUCGUACCAGAUUUCGGCGCCAUGGCAAACGGGCUUGAGCAACGGCUCCGCUGCUGGUCAGCUUAUCGGUCUCCUCCUCGCUGGUUACCUGAGUGAAAGGUUUGGCUUCCGCAAGACCAUGAUGGGAGGACUUGCCACCAUCGUGGCGUUCAUCUUCAUGACCUUUUUCGCGCCCAAUAUUGUUGUACUGGCAGUCGGACAGACUUUAUUCGGCGUCCCAUUGGGCCUGUUUCAAACAGUUCCUGUAGUCUAUGCGUUGGAGAUCUCUCCGUUAUGUCUACGGCCGUAUCUUACAAACUAUGUCAACUCUUGCUAUGUUAUUGGCCAGAUUCUCGCCACCGGAAUUCUGCGUGGCGUACUUGACAUUGAGAACGAAUGGGCUUACCGGAUCCCCUUUGCGGUGCAGUGGGUCUGGCCUAUCAUACUCAUCCCGCUGCUAUUCUUUGCACCCGAGUCCCCGUGGUGGCUCGUUCGGAAAGGCCGCUUGGAAGAAGCCAAGAAGGUUUUACAGCGUCUCACUUCACCCCAGAACACCAACUUCGACAUCGACAAGAACGUUACUAUGAUGGUGGCGACAACGGAGCACGAGCGUACAGUGAAUGAGGAAACUUCGUACCAGGCUUGUUUCCAGAGCACCAACCUCAAGAGGACGUUGAUUGUCAUUGGUAUUUACUGCGUUCAAACCCUCAACGGCAAUCCCCUACGUGGAUACUCGACCUACUUCUUUCAGCAAGCGGGCUUGCCUACUACUCAGGCUUUCAAUCUGGGUGUAAUCGGAUAUUGCGUAGCCUUGAUUGGCGGUAUCGUCUCGUGGAUGAUGUUGCCCUUUUUCGGGCGACGAACCAUGUACUUUUGGAGCCUGGUACUGAUGCUCCUCAUCAUGGUUCUUGUCGGUGGUAUCGGAGUAGCGCAGUCACACUCUGCCAACUCCUCCUACGCCUGGGCCAUUGGCUCGCUCAUCGUGAUCUCGUCAUUUCUGUAUAAUUGCUCCAUCGGCCCCCUGACAAACACGUUGUGUGGCGAGCUACCAUCGACUCUCCUUCGCAGCAAGUCAAUCGUCCUCGCUCGAUGGACGUAUAUCGUCACCCACAUAGUGGCCGGCGUGCUCACGCCAUACCAGCUGAAUCCCACGGCGUGGAACUGGGGCGCUAAAACAGGAUUUUUCUGGGCAGGCGGGUGCUUGAUCUCAGUUGUAUUCGCGUUCUUUUAUGUUCCUGAGCCGCGAGAUCGAACUCCGGCAGAGCUUGACAUCCUGUUUGAGACAAAUGUUCCGCCGCGACACUUUGCCAAAACCAGGGUGGACUUAUCCACAACGCUCUUUGAGCGCGAUGUCAAGACGGCUUGA